GGUGACAAGUUAGGUUGAGCGGAGGCGGUCUUCCUGUUCGCAGUUAAAGGAGCUGGUGGACGUUGGAGAUUCCACUGGCACUAUUUUGAAGAAGAGCGGGAAGAGUUUUCCCUCGUAUCCUGGAACCGUCAUUCUCCUUCAACAAACAUCAUUAUCAGAAACAGACUUAAUAGUUAUUCAAUCUCAUUGCUGUUGGUGGAAUUUUGUGUGAGGAGACAGGAUGAAUGUUGGUGUCGCUCACAGUGAGGUUAAUCCAAACACCCGGAUAAUGAACAGCCGGGGAAUCUGGCUGGCCUACCUCAUUUUAGUCGGAAUUCUCCACGUCGUCCUGCUGAGCAUUCCAUUCUUCAGCAUUCCUGUGGUGUGGACUCUUACUCAUGUCAUCCAUAACUCGGCAAUGUAUUGGUUUUUGCACACGGUUAAAGGAACACCAUUUGAAACUCCAGACCAGGGUAAGGCACGAUUACUUACACAUUGGGAGCAAAUGGAUUAUGGGAUCCAGUUUACGUCUUCACGCAAGUUUCUCACCAUCACUCCAAUAAUUCUGUAUAUGCUAGCAAGUUUCUACACUAAAUAUAACGUUGUUCAUUUCCUGGUGAACACCACAUCUUUGCUCACCGCACUCAUUCCCAAACUCCCACAGCUGCAUGGUGUCCGAAUCUUUGGCAUCAACAAGUAUUGAAUGGGUGCAUGACCUCUGGGUGAAUGCUGAAAGGUGAUGCUGCCAGUAGCUCCAAACAACCUCAGAAAGGGACCAGCAUGAGCAAUGCGCACAAUGUACUGAGACAAUGGCUGAUGAAGGAACUGCUGGCACUACCUCUUGAAACAUCAACUGUUUUUCUUACUUGUGCAAGUGAAAGACUUUGUAUGUAUGAGUUUACUCCUGUGUAUAAGCUGCUCAUGUAUAAUUUUGUACUUUUUUUUUCUCCUUCUUUGCAUUAUAUGUAUACAAUUAAAAGAGAUUUACGUCAAUAA